UGGGGAGGGCGGGCGCGGGCGCGCGCGCGCGGCGGCAGCCAAUGGGCGCGGAGGACGCCGGGGGGGACACGGCCAAGGUGACGCUGCCCACAGAGCCGCCGCCGCCGCCGGCCCGAGCGGACCCCGCGCAGAUCCAGCACAAUGCAGGCUCCCGUGGCUCUCCUCGGCUCCCCAGCGCUGUUCCGCUGCUGCUCCAGGGCUCUGGCCAGGCCCGUGUCCGUGGCUGUGUUCAGCAGGCCUGAGGAGAGCGCGCAGGUGUCCCUGGCUGUGCAGCCGCAGCCCCAGCGGCAGUUCCGCAGCUCGGCGCUGUCCCUGCCUGUCCCCGUGUGUCCUGGCCGCCAGCGCCGGGGACAGACAGACAGGGGACAGGCUGUCGGGGACAGGACGACACGGACGCCAGGGAUUCAGGGGGACGGGGCCGCCACCAGGGGACAGGGACAGGGCUCGGGGGCGGGGAUCAGCACCGUGUUCGGGAGCCUCAUCAUCGGAUACGCCAGGAACCCGUCCCUGAAGCAGCAGCUCUUCUCCUACGCCAUCCUGGGCUUCGCGCUGUCCGAGGCCAUGGGGCUCUUCUGUCUGAUGGUGGCAUUCCUCAUCCUCUUCGCCAUGUGACAUCCCAGGGGACAGCCCCGGCUGCUGCUCCUCCUCUCCUGCCAGUAAACCACGGAUUUCUCUACGGAA